ACCUUCUUUUUCCCCAAAAACUCCGCCAUUUGUCUUCUUUGCUGAAAAAAGCAAUCGAACAACUCAAAAUUUCAAAAUACAAAGCGAAUUCGCCCUUAAUUCAGCUGAAAUUUGAAUUUGAAUUUAUACUGAAAUGCACAAGGCACUAAGAGCCUACGGGGAAGUGCUGAGGCUGGUAAGGCAGCUGCCGAAGGACACAAGGCCUUACUAUGCCAAAUACGUCCGUGAAAACUUCGUUAAUUACAGAGAGGUUGAUCCGAAUGACGUGAAUUCUCUUCAAGAACUCCUCAAUCGAACUUAUACUCACUCCCUCUGGGUCCUCAAUAAGUAUUCGGUGGAUGAAACUGCGGCGGAUAAGCUCAAGGGAAUUUGUGGCACUUGACAGUCAACCUUUCACACCAAGUGUUUGCUUUUAUUCCCAGGAAAUUAACAGGGACUCAAUUCUUCUACGUAGAAUGUUGAAGAAAUUUUGACUUUUUAGCGACUUUUAUUUAUUUUAUUUUAUUUAUUGAGACAA